AUGGAGAAAAGUAAAAGUAGGUGUUUUAAUUUACUUUUUUUAGAAGAAGACGAAGAAUAUAUUGAUGAUAUGUUAAUAAUUAUGAAAAGAAUAGAAGGAAAUGAUAAUAUUGAAAGUAAAGGUAGAUUAAGAUUAUGUUCAAGAUCCUUGAUUUUUGAGCCAUAUAAUAAUAAUGAAGAUGUAUUAAAAUUUCCAUUUAAAAAAUUAGAAAAUAUAAAAUUAUAUGAAACACAAAAUGAAAUAAUAAUAAGAGCAUCAGAGAUUGUAAAAAUAAAAACAACUAUACAUGGAAAAAAAACUAGAUGCACAUCUCAAUUUAUUUAUGAUAGAAAAGGCAGAAAAUCGAUGGGUAUUAUGAAUAACUACUAUAAUGAUUAUAUUAAUGAAAUAAAGAAUAUUGAUAACUAUAAUAUAGAUGAGCAUAUAAAUAUAUUUGAAAAAAUUUUAAACAAUUUCGAUAAAGUUGAAAAAAAUGAUUUUAACAAUCCAGUUAUAACUUUACCAAAUAGUCAAGAUAUAAAAUGUGUAACAGAUGAAAUGCAUUUAAAUGAAACUAAUAAAAUUGGAAAUACAUAUAAUGAAGUUUCAGAUAAUAUUUUAUCAAAUAUUUUUCUAUACUCAUUUAGAUGUGAUGGAGUAAAUUUGAUGAAUAAAAAAAUAAAAUUGAUAUACAAUAUUGUUGUAAAAAUAAAAAUCGCAAUUAUUAUACAUGAUAAACAAAUGGAGAUAUUAAUUAAUGAAAAAAAAAAUCGUCACAAAAUUUUAACUGGUAUAGGAAAUGAAAAUGAUGUAAUUGGUAAUUCAGAAAGUUUUCAUGGUCUAAAUGUGAAUAGAACUUGUAAUGAAGAAAUUGAAAGAAAGGAAAUAAAUUUAGAAUUAUAUAUACAAAAUAUAAUAGAUAAAUUAUUUGAAAACACGAAAUUUGAUAUUAGUAGUAUAAGUUUACAUGAAAUUAUUAUUUCAAAUAAAAUUGAAGGGUUUUGGAUUUUUAAAAUUUCGCCUCUUAUUAAAAUGAAAGGGAUAUUAAACAUAACAAAUAAAUAUAUAUAUUUCCAGCCCAAUCCAAAUUUUACAAAUAAAAAAGAAAAAAAAUGGGAAAUUGAAAAAAUAUUACAUGUAUUUAAAAGAAUUAUAACAAUGAAACCAAACUCUUUAGAAAUCAUAUUUAAUCAUUCUAAUAAAAAAUAUAAAUCGUUGUAUGUUGAAUUUAUAAAUUAUAAUGAAAGGGAGAUGAUGUUAAAUGUGUUAAAAAAUAUAAAACCAGAAUGUUUAUUUAUUGAUGAUAAUCCCAAAUUUUUAAAUCUUGUUAUGGAUAAAUGGGCAAACGGAUUAAUUACAAAUUAUGAAUAUAUCGAUUUUUUAAAUUGUAUAUCUGGUAGAAGUCGAAAAGAUUUUUCGCAAUAUCCAGUUUUUCCAUGGAUUAUAUCAGAUUAUUCGAGUAAAGAAAUAAAUUUAAAUAAUGAAAAUGUUUAUAGAGAUUUAACAAAACCAGUUGGUUGUUUAAAUAAAAAUCGAUUAAAUUCAUUAAUUGAAAAAAUGCAUGAUCAUGAAUAUUUUUUUGGAUCUCAUUAUUCUACUUUAGCAUAUGUUGUAUAUUUUUUGAUAAGAAUAUAUCCAGAAUGUCAAUUAAAAUUACAAAGUGGAAAAUUUGAUACCAUUUCAAGAAUGUUUGUAUCCAUAGAGACUACAUUUAACACAGCAUUAAAUGCAAAUUCAUCUUUUAUUGAAUUAAUACCAGAAUUAUAUGAAAAUAAUGAUAAUUUUUUAAAAAAUUAUUUAAAUAUUCAAACAAAUGAAAAUAAUUUAGAAGAUGUUAUAUUGCCUAAUUGGUGUAAAAAUGCAAAUGAAUUUUUAAUAAUUAUGAAAAAUGCAAUGGAAAGUAAUUAUGUUAAUAAAAAUUUGCAUGAAUGGAUUAAUUUAAUAUUUGGAUAUAAACAAAAAGGACAAGCUGCUAGGGAUAAUAUAAAUUUAUUUCACCCCUUAACAUAUAUGCAUACAAUUUUAUAUGACAAACUGUCUAUGAGUCAUAAAGAUGUAAGUUAUAAUAAUUCAAGUGGGUAUGAAAAAUUCAAAUAUAAUGUAACUGGAUUACCAAAACAGUUAUUAACAUUACAAUAUCAAACAGAACCAUAUGAUCCUGAUAAUAAAACUGAAAAAAAAUUUAAACAUCAAAUAAAAUCUUUAAUUACUUCAAUGUCAUCUAAAGCGUUAAGAACACAAUUACAUGAAUUUGGUCAAUGCCCUUAUCAAUUAUUUAAAGAAAGUCAUAUACAAAAAAAAUCAAACAUAUCAUUCGACUUAAAUAAAAAUAUAAAUAAUUUUCCAUGGUAUUAUUCCCCAGUUAUUAUAGAACUUUUAGAGGACAUUUAUUAUCAAAAAAAAAAAAAUAUAUCAUCAAAAUGUGAUAGUAUAAAUAAUUCAAAUCAAGAAUAUAAUGUUGAAAAUAGCGAAAUGUAUAAUUCUAAUAAUGAAGAAAAUUCAGAUAAAAAUGAUAAUAAUAAUAUUUUGGAUAAAAAUUGUGAUGGAAUUACAAUAAUUGAUGAAUUUUCUAUUAAUAAUAAAUUUGGUGAAAAAAAAAAUAAUAAUAAUUAUUCAAAUUAUUUUAAAACCUAUUUAUGGAAAUUAGAAAAAGUAUAUAAUAUUCCAUGUAAUAUAAAAGGUGUAUGUUCUAAUAAUAAUAAUAAUAAUAUUUGUUUUAUUUGUGAUAAUGGAUUUGUUAAAAUUAUUGAUUUUUAUGAUUUAUUAAAUGUUAAAAAUAAAAAUUUAAUUUCUUUAAAAUUAUGUAAUGAAACUUUUUCGUGCAUAACUAAUAUAAAUACAAAUUUUAUUUUGGGAACAAUUAAUGGAAAUAUAAUUUUUAUGAACCCUCAAAAUGUUAUAAAAAAAGUAGAUAGUAAUAAUAGAUAUAAUAUUAUGAAGAAUCAAACUAAAAUUUCAAACAAAAAUGUAAAUUCCGAUUUAAUAAAUUUGUCUAAAAAUGAAGAAUCUGAUAGUUAUGAUACAGAUUCAAUUUGUUCAUCGUUUGAUUCUGUUUUUGAUUAUAAAUAUUGUACAGAUAGAAAUGAAGAUAAUAAAAACAAUAUUAUAAAAAUUGGAAAUAAUGAAAAUAUUUAUAAUAAAUUAAUUAAAAAAAAAAUUCAUAAUGAUACUAUUACUUGUAUGAAUUACAAUAAUAGUUAUUUGGCAACGGGAUCAAAUGAUGAAACUAUACAAUUAAUAGAUGUAGAAAAUAAUUUUGAAAUAAUACAAACUUACGAUAAUUUUAAUAAUCCAAUAAAAUAUAUAGAAUUAAAAAAUAAAUUAUUAUUUACAAGAUCUGAUGAAAUAAAAUUAUUUGACAUAAGAAUGCCUCCUAAAAACAUUCUUAACAACUCUAAUAAUUUUUUAAAUAAUUUUACAAAUACAAUUAGUUAUAAUAAAAAAAAUUAUAUAAAUAAUAUAAUAAAUGAAAUACGCUUUGGAAAUACUUGUUCUAUUCCCCUUUCCAACAAUUCUUUUCAUGAUUAUAACAAAUAUACCCCCCCUAUAAAUUCGUUUGGAAAUGAAAUAAAAAAGGGAUAUAAUAAUAAAAACUAUAAUGUUAAUAUAAAAAAAAAAGUGAAGAAUUUGAUAUUUGAUAAUCGUCAUAUUAAUGAAGAAAAUGAAUUAGAUUACAUAAAUAGAACUUAUACACAUUAUCAGCAUUUAUUUGAAAAAAAAAUAAAAAAAUAUAUGAAUUCGGUAUUUUUAAAUAGAUCAUGUAAUAUUGUAUAUUCCUCUUUAAUUAAUGAUAAUAAUAUUUUAUUUCUUGAUGAAAAUAAGAGUUUAUAUUUUUAUGAUAUAAGAGCAGAGAAAUGGAUAAAUAAAUUUUCAAACGCAAUAAAUAAUAAUUCUAAACAAAUUUUUAAUGAUAAAAUAGUUGCAGCAUUAUCAUAUAAAAAUCAUUUAUGUACAGUUAAUUCCAUGGGAAAAAUUUUGUUUGAGCCAAUAAGGUUUUCUAUAAAUUUUUUAGAUAAUGAUGUAAUAUCUAAAUUAAAUGUUUUAAAUAAUACUUGUUCAAUUUCUAAUCCAACUUAUAUAAAUUUUUUAAAUCUUGAUUUAAACUCUCAUGGGGAUUUAGAAAAUACAAAUGUACUAGAUGAUCAAUCUGUUUGUAACCACAUCAUGUUUACUAACUUAAAUGGAGACAUUGAAAUUCAUAAAAAAUGUUAG